AAUUUUAACAUCAACUAUCAAUUUGCAAUUGAUGAUUAGAUCAUGUAAUAAUCAGGGAAGCAACAAAAACAUUUGAAAAUUUGUUAUUCAAACAUGUUCCUAACUUUUUAGAAAUUGCAAAACGUCCCAUAGGAUGUCCAACAUGAAACGUGUCCGAAACACAGAAACGUUCAGUAGUUGAAGUUUCCGCGCUACAUAACAUUAAAUACAGUAUGCACUCAAAUCCAUGCAAUACUUUGAAAUAUUUGUGUAAUUUUCUGUGUCAAGAAACUUGUCUAUGACUUGGCAUAAAAUGUUUUCCAGAUUCUUAACAAUAUUAGAAGCUUCACUAAAAUCAAGAAUUCGAACUUUAAAAUCAAACUCAUGUGGAAAUUUGUGCAGAAGUUAAAGCACUGAUUUUCACCAUAAAAAAUAAAACUGGGACAGAGAAACACAUCUCACGGCUAAAUUUGUGGCCCUAUAACAUGGCCCCAUGUUUCUUUAAGUAUUGUUACCAACUUAAAUAAUCCUCCAUCAUUCUACAUGAUUUCUUUCAUAAGCAGUUCUUCUAUUAUCUAACCUGAUAAAACUCCAUCUCCUAUUUCUCGAAACUUUCUUCCUACGGUUCGAUCAAUGGCUUAUUAUCAUCCCACCACUCUUUCGAACUUCCUAUUACUAACAUUCAUCCUCUCCACUAGUCUAGCUUCUGCAGUAGUUCCUCCGAUUCUUGAUGGACUACUCGAAAACGGAAACUUUGAAGAAGGGCCAAAGAAGUCACACCUGAACAAAACGGUGAUCAUCGGAAAGCACUCCCUCCCGAAAUGGGAAAUCUCCGGCAUAGUCGAGUACAUCUCCGGCGGGCCACAGCCAGGGGGGUUCUACUUCCCGGUCCCACGUGGGGUCCACGCGGUCAGGCUCGGGAACGAGGCUUCGGUUUCUCAGUAUGUAAAGAACUUGAAACCAGGCUCAAUCUACAGCCUCACGUUCGGCGCGACGAGGACCUGCGCGCAGGAUGAGGCGAUUAGGGUUUCAGUGCAUGGGAUGUCGAGCGAUCUGCCGAUCCAGACUUUGUACAGUAGCGAUGGAGGGGAUACUUACGCGUGGAGCUUUAGGGCGGCUUCGAGUGUUGUUAAGGUGACGUUUCAUAAUCCUGGGAUGCAGGAGGAUCCGACUUGUGGCCCUCUCUUGGAUGCCAUUGCAAUCAAGGAAAUGCUCCCCCUGAAAUUAACCAAAGGGAAUUUGCUGAAGAAUGGAGGGUUCGAAGCGGGCCCACACGUGUUCAAGAAUUUCUCCACGGGAAUCCUAAUCCUCCCCAAGCGUCAAGAUUUAUACUCACCGGUCCCAGGAUGGAUAAUCGAGUCACUCAAACCGGUCAAAUACAUCGAUUCUAAGCAUUUCAACGUGCCUUUAGGUCUUGCAGCUAUCGAGUUUGUGGGAGGGAGAGAAACAGCCAUUGCACAAAUCAUUAGUACAGAGAUCAAUAAAUGGUACAAUCUGACAUUCACCAUUGGAGAUGCUAAGAACGGCUGCAGCGGGACAAUGGCUGUAGAAGCUUUCGCGGGGAGAAACAGUGUGAAAGUUGAGUUUACGUCGCAUGGGAAGGGAUGGUUCAAGAAUGGGAGUCUUAAGUUUCAAGCAGUUUCAGAGAGGACUAGGAUUACGUUCUACAGUCCGUUUUAUCAUACGAGGUUGCAUGAUUUCAGUCAUAUUUGUGGCCCUGUUUUAGACAAUGUUAAGGUUGUUCCAGUUGCUAAUUAAUUUAUUAGUGAGGAAAUGAAAGUGUGUUUGUUUUUCUUCAUACGAAAUUGUUACAGGAAAUGAAGAUAUUAGGUGGGGUUUUGGAAUUCUAUUGCAGACGAAAUAAUUAUAUGGACGUUCUUUCUGAUUUAAUUUUUUCUUUUCUGGGGGGAGCAAAUAAAUGUCUAUAUUCGUAUAACAUAAGUCCCACCAGAAGUUUGUGGGUUUUUUCCUUGUGUAUUUAUGUCUUGGAAUUAUUGAAAGAACAAUAAAAAAGAAAGCGAAGAAAUA